AUGUCUUCACCUGUUCAUCCACUUGAUCAACUUGAACACAAGCAAAAAGAAGAAUCAUCAUCUUCAAUCUUACAAUCAUCUGUACCUGAUCUCAUGAACUUUUCUUCUUCAAAUACCGCACAAACGUUGUCUUCUUCUUCUUCUUCGUCGUUACCACCUCCUCGUCAUCAUCAACAAAGAGCUUACUCUGUUACAGCCAUGCCAAGUGAAUUACAGAAAUCAGUAUUAAGACAACAGGAGGCUAGAUAUUUAGAAAGACUUCGUUAUAAUCAACCUUGGUGGCAAUAUUAUUAUCAAUUAUACCAUUAUCAGUUACCGCCCGGAAGAAAACCGACCGUUUUUGGUCCUUAUUUACUUUUACAAACUUUAGGCGAAGGUGAAUUUGGUAAAGUCAAAUUUGGUAUUGAAAUUAAGACAGGACAAGAAGCUGCUAUCAAGUUAAUUAGAAAAGAUAGUAUAGAUUCUGCUUCACGUAUGACUAAAGUGGAAAGAGAAAUAUCUGUGUUACGGAUCCUUAAACAUCCCAAUAUUGUCGAAUUAAUAGAUGUGAUUGAAACAGAAAAAUAUAUUGGUAUCAUCUUACAAUGUGCUACAGGCGGUGAAUUAUUUGAUUACAUUCUCGCUCAUCGCUAUCUUAAAGAAAAGGAUGCGAGUCGAUUAUUUGCUCAAUUGAUGAGUGGUGUAUAUUAUAUGCAUCAAAAACAUAUUGUUCACAGAGAUUUAAAAUUGGAAAAUUUAUUAUUAGAUAAAAAUCGUAAUGUGCUUAUUACCGACUUUGGUUUUGCAAAUCAGUUUGCUUCUGCCCAAGAUGAUUUAAUGUCAACUUCAUGUGGAUCACCUUGCUAUGCUGCACCUGAAUUAGUGAUGAAUCAUGGUGUCUAUGUUGGCCCUGCUGUCGAUAUUUGGUCGUGUGGGGUCAUCUUGUUUGCUAUGCUCUGUGGUUAUCUUCCUUAUGAUGAUGAUCCUGAAAAUCCAGAUAGUUAUAAUAUUAAUCUACUCUACAAAUAUAUAUUAAAUACUCCGUUACUAUUUCCUGACUAUAUCUCGGAAGAAGCUUGCCACUUGAUGAGCCUCAUGUUAGUGCCUGAUCCUGAAAAGAGAUGUACAAUCGAGACAAUCAUGGAUCAUCCAUGGCUAAAGAAUCAUAGGCAUCUAUUUAUUCAGGUUGAAGAAGAAAAGGAGGGAAAGAAAAGGGUUCCGAAUAGGCUGAUAGAUUCACAAGGAAUGGAAGAGGAUGAUACAUCUUUAGAUCAAGAACAGAAUAAUGAUACCAUCCUAAUAGAAAAUAAACAAGAAGAGAAUGAGGAUCAACUGGCUGUUGUACCUGAUAUUGAUAAACAGAAUGAGAUAACGAAGGUCGUUGCUGAUGAUGGUGAUACAGAUAUGCUUCUUCAAGAUCAUGAAAUAGGUUUUACAGAAGAAUUAUCGAGUGAAAAUAAUGAUAAAUCAUCUAUGGCUGUAGAUGAACCGGCAUUACCUUCUUUAACUAUUUCAUGUGAAAAUAAGACAGAUAAAUCAAAUGAACAAAGUUUUAUCAGUGAAACCAUAGUGCAUAAUAAUAAUAUAACAGAAAAGGAAAAAGUAAACGUAAAAGACCAUCCUGAUUCGUUACUAUUAACAGAGGAAACUCAUUCUACUGAAAAGGUUCUUGAUUCCCCUUCUGGUCAAAACGAUGCGCAUACUAAAUCUACUACUGCUACUACUAAUACUGCUACUGCUAUUGCUACUGCUACUGCUACUGCUACUGCUACUACUGCUACUGUUGCUAUUUCUGCAAGUAACACAAUUAAAAAUCGUACAAAGCACAUGUCUUUAGCAACCGAUACAAGUACAUCCAUUUUACAAGCUAAAUUUUUGUCAAGUCUCAGUCAUCGACGUAAAAAUAAUCAACAGCAAGAGGUGACACCUGUAUGUUUACCUUUACUCAACAUGAGUAUAAGUACACCACAUCCAACUACAAAUAAAAAAACAAAUAAACGUCAAGCUAGACUGAGUACUAUCACACCACCUUCCUCUGUAACCACUACCACUACUACAAGAAGAAAGACACUUAGUCUAUUUGUCAAUUCAAUGACAGAUAAUAGUAAAAUCCCUUUUACGCAUCGACGUCAAAGCAAUCAUAUUCGUGCAUCGACUCAUGAAGAAAAGGGUCAUUCUCAAAUGACACCAUCUAUUUCUGAACACACGAUUAAUACGUCAUUUACCGAAAAGGAAAAGCAUAAAAGUGCUGGUAAAAAAAUAAUAGAUUGGUUCAAGAAGAAGCCUUUAAGUACCAUUCAAAGAUCAACAACGAAUCAAUCCAUAACAAAUGAUGCCAUGUUGCACGAUCAUCGGUUGCCAUUAUCUCCAUCACUCACCCAUAACUUUACGACCACAGAAAACAUGACUCUUCAUGAUCCUAAACUACGUGUUCAUCAUGGAGCUGUCGAUCAAGAGGCACUCACAUCCCGACCUCCUGCACAAGUAUUUGCAGAAGUGAAACAAGCUCUUGAAUCGCUAGGUAUUGAGUUUAAGCGUAAUGGAAGUGAAUACAAGUUAAAGUGUGUUAGACCCAAGCAAUCUGUAGCGGAAAAAAGAAGUCGUAAAUUAAAUAACAGUAAUAUGAGGAUUCAACAACAACAAAAUAGUAAUAGUAAUAGAUAUCAUCAUGAACUUCUUACUCCUCCUCCUCCUCCUCCUCCUUCUCAUCAUCAUCAUAACAAUACAAUUCCUUUCAGAAUGCUAUUACGUAGAUUAAGUGCUCAUCAAUCAGCAACGACGACUACAGAGAAUGGAAAGACAAGAAGUGUGACGCCGAUGGAGAAGAAAAGUUCAUCAGCUGAUGGUAAACCCACAACUACUAUUUAUGGAGAUCCCAAUGUGGAUCCUGGAGAAGAAAUCCGAUUCAGUGUCGAAUUAUGUAAAAUCAAGAAUUUACCAGGUCUUUAUAUCGUUGAUAUGCGUAGAAUGAGAGGAAACGUAUGGGCUUACAAGUUUAUCUAUCGUACACUUCUUGAUACUUUGAAAUUAGGUGGCAAAGGUGGUUAUUUAAAUACAACAAAUGAUAAAAAGAAGAUGGCAAAAGACGUAAUUCAAGAAGAAGUUACUACUACUACUACUACUACUACUACUACUACGAGCCAUGACCAUCGUAUAAGUGUUGCUAGUAGUAGUGACCAUAUUAAAGUAGAUCCAUCCUGUUGUCCUUCAUUGGAUAAUAAUAAUAAUAAUAAUAAUAAUAAUAAUAAUAAUAAUAAUAAUAAUAAUAAUAGAGAAAUUACGGUUGAAUAA